AUGGAAUUCGGGCUUUCAGAUGAGCGCCUUCGGACGGCGAUUCGCCUCAGCAACGAGGCUGCCGCAAAGGACUCAGCUGGCCAUCUACCAGAGGCAUUCGAGCUGUACAAGCGGGCCCUAGAGAAUUGGAGGAUUGUCUGCAAGUUUCAGCAUAACCCAACGCUGAGGGAGCGGCUAUACAGGCGAAUGGACGAAUACAUAACUCGAGCAGAACAGCUGAAGCAGCUUCUGCGUCAGGGCUCAGCUUCGCAUUUGCAGCACCGUUUGCUGCUGUACUCAUCCUCUCCAUCGAAACCUCUUGGAUGUAGUUCGGCUCGCGUCGCAAUUACACCCAUCUCCCGCUCCCCAGCCUCCCCUUCUGUGAACAGCACGCCUGCCAAGGCCUCUGCAGCGGACUGCACAGUAAUCACUGCCAAGUCAGAUGCGGAUGCGGCGGAGGGCGAACGGAUAAAGCAGAAACUGGCGCGGCUGGAGUCGGCGAAAGAGGCAUUGCAAGAAGCCAUCAUUCUACCAUCUCGCUUUCCUAGCCUGUUUACUGGUGGGCAGAAGCCGCAGCAGAGAGGGAAGCAGAACGCUUUGCUCUUCAAUGCCUCAGGUCCCCCCGGGACAGGGAAGACUUUUCUCGCGAAGGCUCUUGCUGCUGAGGCGGAUGCAACGAUUCUUUCAGUAUCGGCGGCAGAUCUGGUUAGCAAGUGGCAAGGAGAGAGCGAGAAGUUGGUUCGAUCGCUCUUUGAGCUGGCGCGGGAGCGGCGCCCUUCCAUCAUAUUUAUAGACGAGAUAGACUCCAUGUGCGGGGCCCGCUCGGAAAGCGACAGCGAGUCCUCCCGACGCAUGAAGACAGAAUUUCUUAUUCAAAUGCAAGGGAUUAACUUUGAGUUGAGCGAAGUUCUUGUCCUGGGGGCAACGAACACGCCGUGGGCCCUGGAUGCUGCGAUUCGGCGACGGUUUGAAAGGCGCAUAUUCAUCCCGCUGCCCAAAGUUCAGGCCAGAGAGCAGCUGUUAAGAUCUGGCCUGGGAGGCACCCCCCACCAUCUCACGGAUGCCGACUUCCGCCAUCUCGCGAGGGAGCUCGAGGGCUUUAGCGGAUCUGAUAUAUCGGUCCUUGUUAGAGACGCAUUAUUUGAGCCCAUAAGAAGAUGCCGCACAGCGACGGCCUUCAAACAGGUGGUGAUUGAUGGCCGGGCUUUCUACGUACCGUGUCAUCCUGAUGACUGCGACCCAACUACGCGCAAAAUGACCUUGAUGUCUGUCCCAGCCGACAGGCUGUUGCCUCCAGAAGUGACAAUGGACGACUUUCAUUCUGCCAUGCGAAACACCCGGCCUUCCGUCAGCCCAGAGGUGAAGUUCCGACGGCGAUAA